AUGUUGAAAUAUAGUAAUUCACAAGGUAUUUCACCAAUAAAUAUUGAAGAUUCAUUCUCCAUUAACACAAAGAAGGAGAUUUUUUACAAGGUCAGCAAAAUUUACUUCUUCAAGACUUGGACAGGAGAUAUUGAGAAAGUUGAAAUCCCUAAAGGAGUAAAUCCAUUAAAUAUCAGAUUUGAAUCCACAGCAACACAUUACGUCUUCAAAGCAUCAAUAGGAUCUGUGUAUUUGCCAAUCUCACAAAAGUUUGUUUCAGAACACAUUGAAGAAUUUCCAAGUCUCUUUAAUUUAGAACUUACAUCCUCAGGAAAAAUUGAAAACAUUGUAUAUGGAGAUAACAAUGAUGAUACAAUUUCUGUUAAAUUCCCAAAGAGCGAUUUCAAAGUUAUUGACCAAUCAAGUUCUAAGAAACUUCAUUCUUCAAAUGAUUUAGGCAAUGCAUUUGGAUUGGAUGAUAAUGUUUAUACAGCAAUAGAUUCCGAUCUUCCACAGCCAGAUAACACAGAUCCAGAACCUGGAACAGAUCCAGAACCUGGAACAGAUCCAGAACCUGGAACAGAUCCAAAACCAGGAACAGAUCCAAAACCAGGAACAGAUCCAGAACCCGGGACAGAUCCAACUAAAGAAACAGGUGCAUCACCAGGAACAGAUCCAAAACCAGGAACAGAUCCAGAACCUGGAACAGAUCCAACUAAAGAAACAAGUGCAUCACCAGGAACAGAUCCAGAACCUGGAACAGAUCCAACUAAAGAAACAGGUGCAUCACCAGGAACAGAUCCAAAACCAGGAACAGAUCCAGAACCUGGAACAGAUCCAACUAAAGAAACAGGUGCAUCACCAGGUACUGAUCCAGAACCUGGAACAGAUCCAAAACCAGGUACUGGUCCAGAACCCAGCAAUAACAAUGAUAAACCUCAAGGGUCUCCAAGUGAUGGCGAUGAUUCUAAUGGAGGAAAUGGAGGAAAAAGUAAUACUGGUGGUAUUGUUGCUGGGGUCAUCAUUGCAAUACUUGUGGUUGUUGGAGUUGCAGUCGCGUUAUUCAUUCUUUAUAAGCGAAGACAAAAUAAUAAAAAUGAAAGUAAAAAUGACGCAGAAGAAAUCGAAGAGAUUCAAUCAGAAAUCUGA